AUGGCUGAGCUGAGCACAGAGUCCCUGCCACCAACAGCCUCUGGCCGGGAUUACGGAUAUAUAUAUAAUGACACAAAAGUCAAUGCAUUCCACGUGAAUUAUGCCCCUCCAGUGAUCAUCAGCUACAUCACUCUGAUUAUCUGUCUGUUGGGGCUGGUGGGGAACGGGAUCGUCCUCUGGUUCCUGGGCUUCCGCAUGAAGAGAAACGCCUUCACCAUCUACGUCCUCAAUCUGGCCAUCACUGCCACUGUCUUCCUCCUCUUCUCGGUUGCCCAUCUUACAGUUUAUUUGCUAGAAUAUAUAGUUUGCGAGUGUACUCCAAUAUUUGAAAUGUUAUUACUGUUUACAAGUCAUUUGACAUACAGCACCAGCCUGUACCUCCUGAUGGCUAUGAGCACGAAGAGGUGUGUGUCUGUGCUCUACCCCAUCUGGCACCGAAGUCGCCGGCCAAGGCACUUGUCUGCCAUCGUGUCUGCCCUGCUCUGGGCUCUCUCCUGCCUGCUCUGCUGUCCUGUGGCUGUUUUAUGUCUAGAUCCCUUUCAGAAAAGCUGCAUCACCUCCCUCCUCCCCAUCAGUGUUCUGAAUGUCCUGAUAUUCACCCCCGUCAUGGUUCUGUCCAGUCUGACCCUGUUCAUCAAGGUGCGACAGAGCUCCCAGCGGCGCCCGCCCAGCAAGCUCUAUGCCGUCAUCCUGCUCACCGUCCUCUUCUUCCUCCUCUUCACUCUCCUUCAGAGCCUCCACUUCUUCAUCUGCUACUGUAACGUAUUUGAGCACAGAGCGAUAUUUCACGUGCUGGCCUGUGCAAGCAGCAGCAUCAACCCAUUUAUCUACUUUCUAGUCGGGAGCUAUGGGAAGCGGCGAUUCUGUGGCUCUCUCAAGGUCGCGCUCUAG